AUGGGAAAUGCUAUGAUGGGACAAGUAUUGAAAAACGCGAGUAAGAGUCAGAAAACGCUCCAAAAGGCGACUAAGUCGGUGAUGAAUCCCCAAGCAGCGGGGGCCUCUUCCCAUCGAAGGAGUAGUCAUCAUCCUAAGGAAGAGGAGGGUCCUGGCAGUAGAAAGGAGUCGGUGGUUGAUGAUGAGGAAUCUUCAUCGACCCCACCGACCUUAUCGAAGGAGGGCACGGCAGUUGGUCCGACUACUACAGCGGACGCUGAUGAUGAGAUUAUAGUGGUACAGGAGGGGACGUCACCUGAUGAUGAACAAUUGGUGCGAGGAGUGUCGAGCUUCAGUGAUGCUUCUUCUGAGGGGGAGAGGAGGCGACGGAACUCGUCAUCGGGAGAGUCCUUUCAAGACGCGUGUAGUGACCAUGAUGGAACUGGUGAUGAAGGCGAGGACGAUGCUGAAAAUGAGAGAGAGGCUAAUGAACGGUAUGCGUCGUAUGAUGAUCGUGCCGGUGGAGUGAAUGCAUCGAAGAGGCAAUCGGAAGAUGUUGAAGGGUUUGCUUUAUGGAGUGAUGAGGGCGAGAUGAAGGGUGCAGACUCGAUAAAAAUGUCAGAAUUGCGGAUUCUCGAUAAAGUCUGUGAAGUGCGAUUCAACCACUACCAUAUUAACGAACUAGUAGUGGAGAUAGCAGAGGAAGGCCCUGAGGAUUCUGAUGACAUAACGACACGGUUCAUCUUUCGUGAGUACGACCAGACAUCGCAGAAUGAGAACGCCUAUGGGAGGCCCCAGUUGGUGAUGGUGGCAUGCUUCGCUAGCCAGUCCGAGAAGUUUAUACAGAUUGCUAAGGGUCUCUACCCCGACCUCCGCGCGGACUUGGACGCUGAGAAGGGCAGAAGUUCAGAGCUAGCAGGAACAGUUGAAGAGUUGCGUGCUAGGGUAGAGGCCCUGUGCAAUGAGAAGUCUGGUCUCGUUGAGAGUCUCGCUAGGGAACAAGCACGAGCUGUGGAGCUCGAUAGAGCCCUCCAGGAGGCUAGCAGAGUUGAGGCAGAAAAGUUGGGCAAUCUAGAGAAGACCAAUACAGAGAGUGUACCUCCUCCUCCUAGAGGAGAACCAGAAACGACUUUGUCAUCAGAACCCGUGAAGUCGUCCAGUAGUGGGGUUGUUGGACCGCCUUCAUCUGGUUCCCUAUUGCCUGUGCCCAAUGCUACGGCCCCUGUGCCCAAUGCUACGGCCCCUGUGCCCAAUGCUACGGCCCUUGUCCCCAAUGCUACGGCCCCUGUCCCCAAUGCUACGGCCCCUGUGCCUAAUGCUACGGCCCCUGUCCCCAAUGCUACGGCCCCUGUCCCCAAUGCUACGGCCCCUGUCCCCAAUGCUACGGCCCCUGUGCCUAAUGCUACGGCCCCUGUCCCCAAUGCUACGGCCCCUGUGCCCAAUGCUACGGCCCCUGUCCCCAAUGCUACGGCCCCUGUCCCCAAUGCUACGGCCCCUGUCCCCAAUGCUACGGCCCCUGUCCCCAAUGCUACGGUACCAACAGCUGCCACAAAGGCGACUGCAUUGUCGCCUGUGGGAGCUUCCAGUCUGAUGAUGAGCAGUCCAGCUGAGGUGGGUUCAAUGCUCGAGUUUGGCGAGUUGACAGUCACCCCUCAGCGUGAUCACACUCGGAAGCCCUCGACUGUCUCCUCUUAUAGCGGUGAUGUGGCCGAUGAGAGGACGGCGGAGGAUAUCAGAACGGCUGGUGUUCCUAAGGACAUGUUCCAGCAACAUUCCAGUGAGCUCAUGCUCGUGGAUGCUGAGGGCGGGGAGGAAGCGUUGGCGUCUCCCGUCGGAGAGCUGCGGAAAACUGCUGGAAAACAGACUCCACCUGACGACUUUUGGGGUACCGACGCGGCGUCCCCCAUCCCCAGAUACGGGGUGUCGAACACUGGCAAUGCGGCAGUUUUCGCCAUCAGUACGCCUGAUGGAGAUCAUCACGUGCAGCCUGGAGGCGCUCAGGAUUCGACUGUGAGUUUUUCACCGGAGACGGCUGGCGGUAUGCGAAGUGGCAGUGGCUCAGUUAAGAGCGGAGCGAAGCAGAAGAAGUCGGAUGAUUCGGGGGAUACGAGUUUCACUCGACGACCUACGGGCGUAGCGACAUUGUUUGAGGAUGACGAAGUGGACACCUCUGCCUUAUUUGGCUCUGCUAAUGCGAAGGAUGACGGUCUGGACUUUGACAGUAUUCUCAAUUCGGAGCCCUCGACACCGUUCACGCAAGGCCCUGGGCAACAGGGUACGAUACACAAGUACAACAAACUCAACAGCAAGGAUGGGGCGCUCGUCCGGUUCAGCAGGCUUAUCAAGGGUCGCAGCAACAGAACCGCUGGCAACAACCAAAUACCCCUACACAGAGUGGAAUAUACGUGGAGGGCACUCUAUGAUGAAACCAUGGGCUAG